UUACAAAUUUUACGUGCGUUAUAUUUACUUAGUAUUUCAUUAACUGGAUGUAACCUCUCUCGCAGAAUAAAAAUGAGUUCGUUCAAACGGUCAAAAUUGAAAAACAAAAAUGCAAAGAAUGCGAGUAUAAAUUCAAUAGAUAAAUCUCGUAAACAAGUACGUAAGGAACUUAGAAAACAGAAAAAGGUUAAUAAAGCAAUUUAUUUCCAAAAGAAAAAUAAGACGCUUGUUUCUUAUAGUGACGAACAUGAAAAAGGUAUUAAAGUUUUUGACGAUAAAAAUAUUUAUGAUAGUGAUAACGGGAAUACUGAUGAAAUCCAAAGGAAAUCGGUUCAGAAAAAGAAAUCUAAGAAAGUCGAAUUUAAAAAACAGAGUCGUCGAAGCGAAGCGCUGAAACGAGCUAAUUUAAAAGAGGAUAAAGAAAUUAAAAAGUUGGAAAAGCAGUUAAAGUUAAAUAAAAGAAAAAAAAACACAAUUCCAAAAUCUUUUGCAUUAGAUGGUUUAGAUUAUCUUUUAGACUUUUGUUUAGAAAAUGACAGGAAAGACAUAGUAGAAAGGGAAGAGAAAUUCUUGGUGGACAAAUUUGAUAAUGAGUUUGAAGGAAAUUUAACAAAAAAUGUUGAAGAUACUAUCAAGGAGAAGGACGCUUCUAAACAAAAUGAAAUGUAUAAUACUAACAAAAAUGAGAAUACAAAUGAUCAUUCGACUUUAAUGGUUGAAAAAAAUAUUAUUAAAAAUAAAAAUGUGGACAAACUUGAUUUAAAAAAAUCUAAAAUUAAAGAGGUCACAUCUAAGGAAAAUAAAAAAAAUGUUAAUAUCGGUGAUGGUUCGUGGGAAGAUAUUUAUGGUAGAAAAAGAGACAGAGACGGUAAUAUUAUACAAGAUACUAAGAAAUAUAUACCACCAGCUGCAAAAGUCACUGCUCGUGACACAAAUCCAGAUAAUGAAAAGUUGUACCAUUUAAGAAAACAAUUGAAGGGCUACUUAAAUAGAGUAACGGAACAUAAUAUUCAUUAUAUAAGUAACCAGAUAGAAACAAUGUACAUGACGAACAGUCGCAACAACAUGAAUCUUGUAUUAUCAGAAUUAACAAUGGAAAGUUUAAUUACGAAUGUAAUUACACCAAAUCGACUGAUUUGUGAACACAUGAUGCUGAUCGCUAUUUUGCAUGCAAAUGUUGGCAUUGAAGUUGGCGCAAAUUUUUUGGAAAAACUAAUUAAAAAAUUUGUUGAAAUAAUGGAAAAACCACAAAACAUAGAAAAUAAAGAGUUAGACAAUAUAAUACUUAUGAUUUCUCAUCUUUAUAAUUUCAAGGUAUAUGGACACCAACUUAUUUAUCAGAUUCUUAAUAAACUAGCAAUAAAAUUCACAGAAAAAGAGAUUGAAUUGAUAUUGCUUGUUUUAAAAACAGUAGGAUUUUCUUUAAGAAAGGAUGAUCCAAUUGCCUUGAAGGAAUUUAUAAAAGAUCUACAACAAAAAGCUAGUCAUGAGAAUGGAGAAAAUUCAAGGGUAAAAUUUAUGUUGGAAAUUUUAUUAGCGAUAAAGAAUAAUAACGUUAAUAAAAUACCCCAAUAUGAUCCUUCUCAAGUGGAACAUUUGAAAAAAGUUAUGAAAAGUGUAAUUCGUAAAGGCAAUGACAUAACGCAAUUCAAUGUGACUUUAGAAGACUUGUUACAUGCCGACGAAAUUGGAAAGUGGUGGAUUAUAGGCUCGGCAUGGUCUGGAACAAACACUAUAGAUAACUCAAUAGAAACAAACAAGUCUAAUAAACUUAAUUUUGGGAAAAAAAUAUUAGAAUUGGCAAAGAAGCAGAGAAUGAACACGGAUACUAGAAGAAAUAUUUUCUGUAUUCUUAUAACAGCCGAAGAUUAUCUAGAUGCAUUUGAAAAAUUUCAUCAUCUUGGUUUAAAGGACCAACAAGAAGGAGAAAUCGUUCAUGUUUUGAUGCACUGUUGUUUGCAAGAAAAUAAAUUCAAUCCUUAUUACGCGAUAUUAGCUCGAAAACUAUGCGAAUAUAACCGAAAAUAUCAGCUUACAAUACAAUAUACUUUAUGGGACAAAUUGAAAACGUUAGAAACGUAUGAAUCCAACCAGUUAAAUAAUUUGGCACAGUUUUUAACUUACUUAUUUAUUGAGAACUGUCUUGCUAUAUCAGUUUUAAAAGUUAUUCAAUUUACCGAACUAGACAAGCAUACGAUGAAAUUUUUAAAACAAAUUAUAUCGGAAAUUCUGUUGCACGAAAACGAGGAAGCUUGUCUACGCGUAUUUGAAAGAAUUUCUGUUUCUCCUCAAUUGCAAACUUUCAAAGAAAGUCUUCGUUUAUUUAUAAAUUGUUUCUUAACAAAAAAUACAGAUUCGUGUAAUAUACCGGACAAACAGAAAUUAACAAUGAAAAGGAGGGUGGAACUUGUAGAUAAAAUACUAAUUUCGCAUGAAUCAAAAAUCAUGUUUUAAGACGCUUGGAUCAAUUUUUCGAGCGUUGCCAUAAAUAGCGCACAGAUGAUUCUGACAGAUGACAGUUGGAUAAGGAUGGGGUAACCUUCUCCAAUAAGGCGGAUAUAGAGCUAAUUAAACGUAUUUUUUUUAUAGGCAAAAAGCAUUAUUUCGUAUGCAUGAACGCUAACAUUAAUGCUGAGACUGCUACCCCACGCUUAUUUGAAUUUUCAUUUAAAAAUACGUACCCUAGAUAACGGAUAGAUUUACGGCGUUCGAGGGCAACAUGUUAACCCUUAAUGCUCCAAUUUUUAAUCGUGAAUAUCGACAUCAUGCUUUGACUUGCAAGUUUUUAAGUGUCAGAUUUUAAAUGCUACAGUGACAUGUAAAUAAUAAUAUUUAAGUCUUUCAAAACAAUCUUAAUUCACCUAGGUAGUAAUAUAAUUUUUAUGACAAUAUUUAUAUUAAUUAUAAUUGAAUAAUGUAGCGGCGCACAUCGGUGGUGCCUUAGAGGCACACUUGGAGCGUUCAGGGUUAAAUUAAUAAUUAUAUUAAAAUUUGAUUAUCAAAUUAAUGGAGCAAACGUAUCUACUGUUAACAAAGUAAAAUACAUAUACACAGUAAAGAACCAUAUAAUGUAAGAUGGAAAGUUAUAAAAAAAAGAUAUUGAAGUAUAAAAUAAUAAUUUGCCAUUAAAAGUGUAUGUUACUUUUCUUUUGUUUUUAUAAAUUCAAGCAUACAACAAAUAAAAUCAUACAUAUACAUUAGAUGUAAUGAAGAACUUAACAUGAAUAAUAUUAUUCUACGAUUUAUUUAGUUAUUUCAACUUACAA